UUUUCCUCUGUUGCUUCGUACUAAAAUUAUCUGAGCCAUUCAAGUUGUGUUUCUUCAUCCACCAUGGCAGCAGCAGCACAGCUGAUUGUUCAAAUUCGACCUCAAUUUUCUUCUUCGUCUUCUUCCUCUUUCCACCCAUCUCCAAUGGCUUCCAUGCAGAAGGGUUCACCACUUAGCCCUCAAGUGGCUAAAGUCUCGAGCCCACAUCACAAUCCUCCGUUUCAGAAAUGGACCAUUCCUCUAAAUCAUUCCCUCCUUCCAACUUCUAUACCUGCAGAUUCAGAAUCCACCCAUUUAACUGACAAAAUGAGCAUUGAAUAUGGACGUGAAAUGAAGACUCUCAGGCAUUUGAUAAGUGAAACAGCAGAAAUUGAUCCCUUGGAGAGAUUGAACAUGAUUGAUGCAAUACAGCGCCUUGGGAUUGACCACUGCUUCCGAGAGGAGAUUGAAGCAAUUCUACAAACCCAAUACACAAUCGUAAAUCAUCCUCUUGCUCCUAGAAGCGGUCUUCAUGAGGUCGCUCUUUGCUUUCGCCUCUUGAGACAGCACGGUCACUUCGUAUCCGCAGACGUGUUUGAAAGUUUCAUGGAUAAAGAGGGUCAUUUAGGCAAAGAGGUUAGGGAAGAUAUCGAGGGCCUCACGGCCUUAUAUGAAGCUUCCCAAUUAUGCCUGCCUCAAGAAGACAAACUAGAGAAAAUUGGAAAUCUUAGUGGCCAUAUGUUGAAGAUAAGUAUUGGGAAUCUUGAUGAUCAUUGGGCCAACCAUGUGAUCAGCAAUACCUUGGCCAACCCCUUCCAUAAAAGUUUGGCAAAUUUUUUGGUCAAAAACUACUUUGGAUUCGAAGAUUAUCACCUCCGAGCCACAAAUAAGUGGAUUUAUGUCUUCCAAAAAAUGGCAAAGUUGGAGUUCAACAGAGUCCAAAGCAUCCACCAACAAGAGAUAUCUCAACUCUCUCGGUGGUGGGGGCAGACGGGUUUAUCAAAAGAAUUAGAAUUUGCUCGAGAUCAACCACUUAAAUGGUAUAUCUGUUCAUUAGCCUUCUUAACAGAUCCCAUCUUUUCAGAAGAAAGAGUUGAUCUUGCAAAAUCUCUCUCUUUUAUCUACCUAGUUGAUGACAUUUAUGAUCUAUACGGAUCACUUGAACAACUUAGACUAUUCACAAAAGCAAUCCAAAGAUGGGACUUGGCUGCCAUCGACAACUUACCACACUCAAUGAAGAUUUGCUACAUUAAACUUUACGAGACGACAAAUGAAAUAAGCAACAAGUUUUUUCAAAAGCAUGGUUGGAAUCCAAUUAAUUCCUUACAGAAAUCGUGGGCUACCCUUUGUGAUGCAUUUCUAGUGGAAGCAGAAUGGUUUGCUUCUGGGAAUUUGCCAAGUGCCAAAGAAUAUUUAAGGAAUGGAGCACUCAGUUGUGGAGUACACGUAGUUUUAGCUCACAUUUUCUUUCUUUUAGGCCAAGGAAUAAACAAGCAAACUGAGCUUCUUUUGGAUUCGAACCCAGGGAUCGUAUCUUCUACGGCAACAAUUCUACGACUUUGUGAUGACUUGGGAAGUGCAAAGGAUGAGAAUCAAGAAGGGUAUGAUGGAUCCUACAUAGAAUGUUACAUGAAAGAAAAUCCAGAGAUUUGUCUGGAUAGCACACGGCAGCGCGUUAAGCACAUGAUCUCAGAUGCAUGGAAGAGACUGAACCAUGAAAGCCUCUCUCCAAACCAAUUUCCAAGGACAUUUAUUCAAGCUUCUCAAAAUAUUGCCAGAUUUGUUCCUCUUUUAUAUGGGUACGAUGAGAAUCAAAAUCUUCCAACUCUCGAGGAGCUUAUGAAAUAUGUGCUCUAUGAAAGCGUACAAAUUUAAGAGAUGGUAAGGGCUUGUAUCUCAAGUAUCUUUAUAAUGGUAUGAUAUUGUCUGUCUUAAUAGCUCUCAUAACUUUGCGUUUGGUUUCAUUCGAAAAGUUUCGUGCCGAUGUGUCCUUAUCUAUGUAACAUAUAGACCACUUUCUUCCCUUGUCAAUGUGAGAUUUUUUUUUUGCCCUUUCUUACAAA